UUAGUGACGUAAGCGCCCUAUGUAGUGCACUACAGCAGGCCAGUGAGGGGGUUUGGGAUACAGCGCGGGAAAGUGUUUGUCGGGGGAAGCGACUAGCUGAAAGUGGACAAAAGUUGAGUUAAAGUGCGAAAGCGGCGUGUGAACGUGUAAAGAUGUCCCUGGUGGAUUUGGGGAAGCGGCUUUUAGAGGCUGCACGUAGCGGUGAAGAUGAAGAAGUGAGGAAGCUGAUGGCCAAUGGUGCCCCCUUCACCACAGACUGGUUGGGAGCAUCUCCACUGCACUUGGCAGCGCAGUUCGGUCAUCUCUCUACGGCCGAGGUGCUGCUGAGAGCUGGCAUCUGUAAGGACGCGCGCACCAAAGUGGACCGGACCCCACUGCACAUGGCCGCCACCGAGGGCCAUGAGCUCAUCGUCGACUUACUGAUCAGGAACGGUGCAGAUGUGAACGCUAAAGACAUGUUAAAGAUGACGGCGCUGCACUGGGCCACUCAGCACGGGCACCACAACGUCGCUCAGCUGCUCAUCAAACACGGAGCCGACGUUCACGCACUCAGCAAGUUUGACAAGUCGCCCUUUGAUAUCGCCAUUGACAUCCAGCACGCAGAACUCGCCAACCUCCUGCAGGAGGGAAUGCAGAAGCAGGUGAACAGGAAUGCAGAGUCGUCCAUUGCUCCCCAGUUCAUCAUUCAGGGAGGAGUAAUUAACAUCGCAGAGCUCGUCAAAUCCAACACAGGUAACAGUGAGGACGCCGUCGCCGUAAGUGCUCUAGACCAGCAGUUGAUGGGUGAUACUGGACAGAGGGUGGUUACCAUAGUAACAGAUCAACAGGGUCACCUACAGACCAGACUCACACAGCCGCUGUAUGUGACGAUGCAGAACGGACGGCAGGUGUUGGCCGUUCCCUCUAGUCAGUUCACACAGGAGGUCGUGGAUGAAGAAGUUGAACCUCCAGUACGACGAAGAAAAAUUGAAGUCAUCUCUGCUAAUCACACUGACACCAGAGACACGGAGCAGCUACAACGGCGUCUGGCCGAGGCCAACAUGGCGGCUCAGUUGUACCGACAGCAGCUGCUGCAGAAGGAGCAGGAGGCGGAGGAGUACCGCAUGCAGCUGGAGGCCAUCACGGAGCGAGGGAUCACGCAGGAGGACGAGUGUGUGGAAGAGAAGCAGGAGGAGGCCGAGGAGGAGGUGGUGCUGCUGGCUGACGGAGAUGUGAUGCUCAACACAGAGGAGAUUGACUCCACAUCCAACAUCUCAUAACGCCUCGCCUCGUCUCAUGGACUCACGAUUUCGUCCGUGUGAGCGUGUGUGUGUUUGCUUUCUUUUUCAGCUCUGGAUCAAGUUUAUAAGAGGAAGACAAACUCUAUGUUCCUCCAUAUUUUUAAUAACUUGUCUUCUGCUUUAGUAAAAUGAUCCAUGUUUACUGUC